GAGGAGCAGCUGAGCGCGCGCGCCGGAGCGCACAGAGGGGCAGAAAGUAGCAGCUGCAGUCAAUCAAGAGGAGUUCCAGGUACCCCCCACCCCCAGCUGGAGCGCUGCCGCCGCUGACAUGGAGAAAGUUCUCACCGGCUUUUGCGUCGCUGCCACCCUGCUGUUGUUCACCCGGGGGCAAGUUUUUAACGGCGAUUGUAACUUUGAAAAGCCGCUGGAAGCAUGUGGAUACAGCCAAGGCAGAGAUGAUGACCUUGACUGGGAGCAAGCUAAUACUAGAGAGAGGCCUUCAUCAGAUCCAUGGAUGCCCUCAGAGCCGGCCUUUAUCCUGGUGAAUACGUCAGGACGCUUUGCAGGGCAGAGAGCUUUGCUGCUCUCACCUCAGCUGAAGGAAAAUGACACACACUGUGUCACCUUCCAUUACUACAUGGGGGGAAGAGACAACAGCCACCCCGGUCACCUAAAUGUCUACAUCAAAGAAAACAGCAGCCCCAUGGGGAUGCCAGUGUGGAAUGCAUCAGGACCAGCCUCUCGCUCCUGGGAACAAGUGGAGCUGGCCGUCAGCACCUACUGGCCCAACUUCUACCAGAUUGUAUUUGAAGUGGUGUCUUCAGGGCAACGUGGUUUGCUGGCCAUCAAAGACAUUGUGGUCCAGGGCCACCAGUGCAUGAACACUCCUCACUUUCUGACCAUAAAGGGAGUGGAGGUCAACGCUGGACAGACUGCAUCUUUUCACUGCACUGUCAAUGGACGGAGGAGGGACAACUUCCACCUGUGGCUUCAGGGCAUCGGUGGACGGGAGGCUCCCAUGAAAGCCACCAAACCCUGGAACAACCGCCGCUUCAUUGGCACCUUCGAUGUGGAAAACACCACCAAGGGCGACUCUGGCCGUUACCGCUGCAUUGUACACUCAGACAAAGGAGUUGGAGUGUCCAAUUAUGGGGAACUAACCAUAAAGCAGCCCCCCGUUCCCAUUGCACCCCCACAGCUGACAUCCAUUGGAGCCACCUAUCUUUGGAUCCAGUUGAAUGCCAAUUCCAUCAAUGGGGAUGGCCCAAUAAUUGACAGGGAGGUAGAGUACCGAACUGUGUCUGGGACCAUGUAUGACCUGCAGCCUGUAGACAAGACCACCCACAAGAUUGGCCACCUGGAUCCUGACACUGAAUAUGAAAUCAGUGUUUUGCUGACCAGACCUUUGGAGGGAGGCACCGGAGCUCCUGGACCGCCCCUGAGAGCCAGGACCAAGUGUGCAGAGCCCAUGCAUGGCCCACAACGAUUGGAGGUUGUGGACAUCCAGUCCAAGCAGGUGACAAUACGGUGGGAACCUCUGGGCUACAACGUGACCCGAUGCUACAGCUACAACCUGACCGUCCAGUAUCGCUCCAAAAUACCCUUCAAAGAGGAGACUCGGGAGGAGGUGUGCUACCUCACCCAAAGCCAUGAUCCUCAGCACACUAUUCACAACCUGACGCCCUUCACAAACAUCAGCGUUAAGCUGGUGCUGCGCAACCUAGAGGGUGUGAAGGAGAGCAGAGAGCUGGAGUUACAGACUGAUGAAGAUGUCCCAGGAGUCAUUCCUCUGGAGUCAAUUCAGGGCAGUGCCUAUGAGGAGAAGAUCAUCCUGAAGUGGAGGGAGCCUGAGCAGACCUACGGGAUCAUCACACAGUAUGAGAUCUUUUACAAGGCGGUGAGCUCCUUUGACCCUGAACUGGACCUCUCCAACCAGAGUGGGAAAGUAGUGAAGAUGAGCAACGAAACCACCCACGUGUUCACAGGCCUGUACCCAGGCUCCACUUACUCCUUCACCCUGCGUGCCAGCACAGCCAAGGGCUACGGCCCUCCCGUCAUUACCCAGUUCACCACCAAGAUUUCAGCACCCUCCAUGCCUGCUUAUGACCAGGAGACCUCUCUGAACCAGACAGACAGCACCGUCACAGUCCUCCUCAAACCAGCCCAGAGCAGAGGUGCCCCUGUAAGCGUGUACCAGGUGGUGGUGGAGGAGGAACGUCCACGCAGAGCCCGAGGGACCGCAGAGAUCCUGCGCUGCUACCCAGUUCCCAUUCAUUUCCAGAAUGCCACACUUCUGAAUUCACAGUACUACUUCACCGCUCAGUUUCCCGCCGCCGGCCUGCUCUCGCCCCAGCCGUUCACCGUGGGGGACAACAAGACCUACAAUGGUUACUGGAAUGUGCCUCUGCUGCCGCAGAAGAGCUACAGCAUCUAUUUCCAGGCUGUCAGCACAGCUAAUGGGGAAACUAAAAUCGACUGUGUGCGAGUUGCCACCAAAGCUGCCAUUCUGGUGACUCAGCUUACAACCCCCUACGUCCGAAUCGUCCCUGCCGCUGGUGACACCCAACUAACAGGUGCAGCAACCCCCAAGCCGGAUUCAGUGGAGCCUGAGAAACAAACGGACCACACGGUGAAGAUCGCAGGGGUCAUUGCUGGGAUCCUCCUCUUCAUCAUUAUCUUCCUUGGAGUGGCGCUCCUAAUGAAGAAAAGAAGAACCUAUCACUCCUACACUUACUACCUGAAAUUGGCAAAGAAGCGUAAAGAGACCCUGAACAGCACUCGCCAAGAGAUGACUGUGAUGGUCAACUCGAUGGACAAGAGCUACACAGAGCAGGGUACCAACUGUGAUGAAGUGUUGUCCUUCAUGGACACACACAACCACACACUUAACACCCAGAGCGAAUGUGCGCUCACGCUCAAUGGCGGAGCCGGAUCCCCUCCCUCCACGUUCACGCUGCCAACAACCAACACACUUGGCUCAUCCAUGAUGCCCACCAACUCCUUCUACCCAGAUCCCUUUGUGCCAACAGCUGUUCUCGUACCCAUUAAUGAUGAGAGCCAGAACAUGGGCAGUGAGACCAGCAGCCUGGUGCAGUCCCACUCUCACUCUUUGAGAAAGCGGGAGGUCGUGGAUGUACCGUACCAGACGGGUCAGCUGCACCCCGCCAUCCGGGUGGCUGACCUCCUUCAACACAUCACUCAGAUGAAGUGUGCCGAGGGCUAUGGCUUCAAAGAGGAGUACGAGAUAAACGAGAGUUUUUUUGAAGGGCAGACUGCACCAUGGGACUCAGCCAAGAUGGAUGAGAACCGCAUGAAGAACCGAUACGGAAAUAUCAUUGCAUAUGAUCACUCCCGUGUCAGGCUGCAGGCACUGGAAGGGGAACAGAGCUCUGAUUACAUUAAUGCAAAUUAUGUUGAUGAGCAAUAUGUCUUCAUACACGAUGCAAUCUUGGAGGCGUGUCUAUGUGGGGACACCAUCAUUCCUGCCAGCCAGCUGCGCUCUGUCUACUAUGACAUGAACCGCCUGGACCCGCAGACCAACUCCAGUCCUAUUAAAGAGGAGUUUAGGACUCUAAAUAUGGUGACUCCCACACUCCGAGUGGAGGAUUGCAGUAUUGCCCUGCUGCCUCGAAACCAUGAGAAGAACCGCUGCAUGGAUGUCCUGCCUCCUGAUCGCUGCCUCCCCUUUCUGAUCACCAUUGAUGGAGAGAGCUCCAACUACAUCAAUGCUGCCCUCAUGGAUAGUUACAAGCAGCCAUCUGCAUUCAUUGUGACCCAGCACCCUCUGCCAAACACAGUAAAGGACUUCUGGAGAUUGGUGCUGGACUACCACUGCACAUCCAUAGUAAUGCUCAAUGAUGUGGAUCCAGCUCAGUUGUGUCCACAGUACUGGCCAGAAAAUGGAGUUCACCGUCACGGACCUAUCCAGGUGGAGUUUGUCUCUGCAGACUUAGAGGAGGACAUUAUCAGUAGAAUAUUCCGGAUCUACAAUGCAGCUAGGCCUCAGGAUGGCUACCGGAUGGUGCAGCAGUUCCAGUUUCUGGGGUGGCCCAUGUACAGAGACACCCCCAUGUCCAAACGCUCCUUCCUGAAACUCAUUCGACAAGUGGACAAGUGGCAGGAGGAGUAUGAUGGGGGAGAGGGUCGCACUGUGGUGCACUGCCUAAAUGGAGGCGGUCGCAGCGGGACCUUCUGUGCCAUCAGCAUUGUGUGUGAAAUGCUGCAGCACCAGCGCUCUGUAGAUGUUUUCCAUGCUGUCAAAACACUGAGGAACAACAAACCUAACAUGGUGGACCUACUGGACCAAUACAAGUUUUGCUACGAAGUAGCGCUGGAGUAUUUGAAUUCUGGCUAGUGUGGACCUGCAGAAAAGACCACAUUGAGGAUAUUCAAGAUUAUUUCCUCUUAAGUUUGAGGAUUCGGAUUCACAAGUUUCUACUGCAAGUUUGGUGCAACUGGGGUGUGGUACAUAACCCUAACCCCUAAACCUGCAUAAAAGAGCUCCUUUCCUACUCCAUGGUACAAACUGGAAAGUUAAGAUCUUUUUUUCAUGUAACAGCCUGUUUCUGUUUCUCCUGGGAAGGGUAGCCAGCAGAAUCACAAAGCAGUAUUUACGUAUUCCAGGAAUAUAUCUUGUGCUCUAUAGAUUCCUGUCUUUUUUUCUCAUCUCACGUAAAUUGUUGUCCUGUGCUAAAUGCCUUGUACUUUAUUAGUCAGCAAACAUUAAACACUCUUCAUCUUUCAAUAGAUUGAAACCUUUUUACAAAACAUCAAAAAUUUUCUAGUUUGAUAUCAGAUUUUAUUGCGCCUGGCACUCUGUGUUUUGUAGGAAAUGUAAGCAUUAAUGUCUGAUAUGAGUUUAGCUUUCAGAGACUCCCUUCAUUUUGGGGACAGUUAGCUUACAGUAUUUUGUGUACAGAGAUCCAAAGCUUUAUUUGCCCCUCCAUUGAAUUAGUGUUGUGCAUAUUGUAAAUAUGCCUGUAAAUUAUUUAUUUGCUCUCUCUGUGAUUUUACUGUGACAAUCAUAUGCUCUAUGGUUUUUGAAUGAACUUUUUAUUUUUAUUUUGUAUAACUCAGAACCCAUUGUAAGAUACAAUAAAAAUGUAACAAAUG